CAAAAGUUUAUUGAAAAGGAAAAACCCGGCAUUGAAGAGCUACACACAGGGGAGUGUCUUCUUUGGUUCUUCAAGCCCAACGAACGGUUUGCCCAGACUCUGUUUCGAUCCCAUUAAUUUUUCAUAUAACUGCAUGUUCUAGAUUCUCAUCUUCAACGGAGAAGAAAUUCAGGAACCGAGUGUUUCAAGUUUCUCACAGGGAGUUUGCGCAUUCCCUUGCUCGAAUAUGGCUUAAUCGGGAUUCUACCGGAUUCUUUUUUCGCCUUUUUUGUUUUCUGGAUGAGUGUUUGAGCUGUGGUUAUGUGAACUCAGAGCGAUCGGUUGAUGCUGUGAUUGGAUUUGGUGAAUUCUUUUUUUUUUUUUUUUCCCUUUUAUAUCUGGGUUAGUUGGAUUAGUAUCCCGGAGAUAUGAAAGGUGGUGAUGAAGCUAUGGCAGCUCCGGUGGCCUCCUCACAGCCUCUGGAGUGGAAAUUCUCGCAGGUGUUUGGCGAACGUACCGCUGGCGAGGAAGUACAGGAAGUUGAUAUUAUUUCAGCAAUUGAAUUUGAUAAGACGGGCGACCAUCUGGCUACUGGCGAUCGAGGUGGUCGAGUGGUUCUUUUUGAGAGGACGGAUAGAAAAGAUAACGGAGGAUCGAGAAAGGACUUGGAGAAAAUGGACCAUUCAGUUAGUAGGCAUCCUGAGUUCCGUUAUAAAACAGAGUUCCAGAGCCAUGAACCAGAGUUUGACUAUCUCAAGAGCUUGGAGAUAGAGGAGAAAAUUAACAAAAUCAGAUGGUGUCAAACAGCCAAUGGAGCUCUCUUUCUAUUGUCUACUAAUGACAAAACCAUCAAGUUUUGGAAGGUGCAAGAAAAGAAGAUCAAGAAAAUAUCCAGCAUGAACGUGAAUGCGUCCAAAGCUGUUGGCAGUGAAUGCAUAGCUAGUUCAAGUAUUUCAAGGAAUUCUACACAUCUUCUAAAUGGAGGCUCCUGUGAUGGAGUUUAUAAUCAUCCAAGCAAUGACUUAUUGGGGGCCAUUUCAUCACUACGUCUACAGGUAACUAGCCAUGAGUCGAGCCUUCUCGCUAGAUGUCGUAGAGUAUACGCCCAUGCUCAUGAUUAUCAUAUCAACUCUAUCUCAAAUAACAGUGAUGGCGAAACUUUUAUAUCGGCUGAUGACCUGCGGAUAAAUCUAUGGAACUUGGAAAUUUGCAAUCAAAGUUUCAACAUUGUUGACGUGAAGCCUACUAACAUGGAGGAUUUAACUGAGGUGAUUACAUCUGCUGAGUUUCAUCCUACGCAUUGUAACACACUAGCAUAUAGCAGUUCAAAAGGCUCAAUCCGCCUAGUUGAUUUGCGGCAGUCAGCAUUAUGUGAUUCCCAUGCCAAAUUAUUUGAGGAACCUGAGACACCUGGUUCUAGAUCAUUUUUCACUGAGAUAAUUGCUUCAAUAUCAGACAUUAAAUUUGGGACAGAUGGAAGAUAUAUAUUAAGUCGUGAUUACAUGACUCUUAAGUUAUGGGACAUCAACAUGGAUUCUGGUCCCUUCGCAUCCUUUCAAGUUCACGAACAUUUAAGACCCAAGCUUUGUGAUUUAUAUGAAAAUGAUUCAAUCUUUGACAAGUUUGAGUGUUGUCUGAGUGGUGAUGGAUCACGUGUAACUACGGGAUCCUACAGCAAUUUAUUCCGAGUUUUUGGUUGUUCUCCGGGAAGCAAUGAGGCAACGACUUUGGAAGCUAGCAAGAAUCCCACCAGGAGACAAGUGCAGACCCCUUCAAGACCUUCGAGAUCACUUAGUAGUAGCUUUACAAGAGUUGUCAGACGCGGAGGAUCCGAGAGCCCAGGGGCUGAUGCAAAUGGCAACCCUUUUGAUUUCACAACUAAGCUGCUGCACCUAGCAUGGCAUCCGGCUGAAAAUUCAAUUGCCUGCGCUGCCGCAAACAGCUUGUAUAUGUACUAUGCAUAAGAAGAGGGGCUGAGAAUCAAAUGACAUCACCUGCUUGACCGUUCUGACUUUUGUCGAUAAAAUUUCUACCCUUUCCCGCCACCCAUAACCACAGAAGCUACUUCGAUCGAGUUCCAUACGCCUACGAUAUCAGUGCAUACUUCUAUUACUGCAGCGGCCAAAAUUUUCACAAGAAAACAUGUUGUUUAUGUUCCUCAGGUGUGCAACAUUCCUUUCAACCCUAUAAUUCUCUUUUCAUUUCCAUCGUAAUCCUUUCUUUUCUCCCAAAAGAGAAGAGAUUUAUUCUGUUCCAUAUUUUGUUGUGUUGAACUUGGGGAAAUUCUGAUUGUAGCUCCCCUGCAACAAAACUGAAGCUGUUGCUCUUCUUCCGCUAGGUUCGAGAUUAACAAAUGUAGUUUUUUUAGUUAACUUCUAAUAGUUUCGGUGAGAAGAAGCUGUUAAAUCUUGCAUUUCAUCAAAUUAUUUUUUCAAUUGAUUCAUUGUCACUCUCAGAAAUUACUUUCAGGAUGUUUUUAACUUAUUACUGUAGUUUUCUGUAAAGAACAGUUAUAUUGAAUGUAGCCUACAUAGCUGCUAUUUCUAAC